CGCGUGGGAGAGCGGAGCCGAUAUGGCGGCCCGCGCCCCUGCUGGGAAGCGUGGCGCCGGGUCCGGGGGCUCGCGGGGGUCGGACCCCCAAGAGGAGCCGCCGCCUCCGCUGCAGGCCGUCCUGGUCGCCGACAGCUUCAACCGCCGCUUCUUCCCCAUUUCCAAGGACCGGCCGCGGGCUCUUGUUCCUCUGGCAAAUGUGGCCAUGAUAGAUUAUACCCUGGAAUUCCUAACUGCAACUGGGGUGGAGGAAACCUUCGUCUUUUGCUGCUGGAAAUCAGCAGAGAUCAAGGAACAUUUACAAAACUCUAAGUGGUGCUGUCCAACAUCUCCAAACACCGUGCGGUUUGUGACCUCAGACCUCUAUCGCUCACUUGGCGACAUGCUGAGGGAUGUGGAUGCCAAGUCUCUGGUUCGUUCUGACUUUAUCCUUGUCUCUGGAGAUGUGGUGUCCAAUAUUAAUAUUUCCACAGCUUUACAGGAACAUAGGACACGGCGUAAGUUGGAGAAGAACGUGUCUGUGAUGACGAUGAUUUUUCAAGAGUGUUCGCCGGGUCACCGAGCCCGAUGCCAGGAGGAUGACGUCAUCCUUGUCAUGGACAGUGUCACAAAACGAGUGCUACACUACCAGAGAACGCAAGGGCUGAAGCACUUCUCUUUUCCUAUGAGCUUGUUUCAGAGCAAUAUUGAAGAAGUGCAAGUACGGAACGAUUUGCUAGACUGCCACAUUAGCAUCUGUUCUCCACAGGUGGCUGAGCUGUUUACGGAUAAUUUUGAUUAUCAAACUCGGGAUGACUUCGUACGUGGCUUGUUGGUGAAUGAAGAGGUCCUGGGGAACCAGAUCCAUAUGCAUGUGACAUCAGAAGAAUAUGGCGCCUCUGUGUCCAAUUUGUUGAUGUAUGAGUCUGUGUCCUCAGACAUUCUGCAGCGCUGGGUCUAUCCAAUCACCCCAGAAAUGAACUUCAUUGAUGAGAAGCAGAGUUGCACUCAUUCCCGCCACAACAUCUACCGUGGGGCAGAAGUUAGUCUGGGCCAUGGGAGUGUGCUAGAAGAGAAUGUACUCAUUGGGCAUGGAACAUCUGUAGGCACAAAAUGCUCUAUAACCAACAGUGUCAUUGGGCCUAACUGCAAAGUAGGUAACGGUGUCCUUCUGGACCGGGCAUUCCUGUGGAAUGGGGUCCGUAUAGGAGAUGGUGUAAAAAUCUAUCAGUCCAUUGUUUGUGAUGAGGCAGAGGUGAAGGAAGGUGUAACUUUGAAUCCUCAUUGCGUCCUUACUUCCCAGGUGGUGGUGGGCCCUAACAAGGUCUUUCAAGAAGGCACAGUCAUAUCCCUGCAUCCUGCAGAUGAGGAAGAUUACGACGAGGAUGAGUUCAGCGAUGAUGCUGACAUGAACGAGGAGGAGAACAAAGCGAAGCAAAGAGGCUAUAAUACAGCAGAUGUUGGCUUAGAAGGCAGAGGUUACCUCUGGAAAGCAGCUGAUGGGCAUGAUGUGGACCAAGAGGAACAAAGACAAAGUCUUUGGGGCCACACCUUAAACACCGAAGAAGAAAGUGAGUCUGAAAGCGAUAUGAGCUUUGGGUCUGAGCAGACGGAUAGUUGGACAGCUUCCCCUCAGAUGGAUGAUAUCAAAGUGUUCCAGAAUGAGGUGUUGGGGACUUUGCAGAGAGGUGAAGAAGAAAAAAUCUCUUGUGACAACCUGGUUCUGGAGAUCAACUCUCUCAAAUAUGCCUAUAAUAUUGACCUGAAAGAGGUGAUGGCGGUGCUCAGCAAGGUUGUGCUAGAAUUCCCCCUACAGCAGAUGAACACUGAAAAGGACCCUCAACACUACUGCAUGCUGGUAGUCCCUUUACUGACGAAUUGGGCUCCACUCUUCAAGAACUACAUCAAGCGAGCAUCAGAUCACUUGGAUGCUUUGCAUGCCAUUGAAGAGUUCUUCUUGGAACAUGAGAGCCUGUCCAUGGCUGUGGCCAAAGUGCUGAUGACAUUCUAUCAACUGGAAAUCUUAGCAGAAGAGAUGAUUCUAGCCUGGUUUUCUCAACGGGACCCAUCGGAUAAAGGCAGACAGCUUCGUAAAAACCAGCGGCUUCAGAAGUUUAUCAAGUGGCUCAAGGAAGCGGAAGAAGAGUCAUCCGAAGGAGAAGAAAACUGACCCAGCAGCCUCCGUCAGAAGGAAAGACAAGCUUUGUUCUCUCUUUCUCAGAAGGAGGAAGCCCAAAGUAGCCAUCUUGGCAGAGGAAGAGGUGGCAGAAGAGCAAGAACAAGCCGUGCGCGUGGCCUGUGCAUGUGGGAUUCGAACUCCCGGCUGGCUGACAAUCCUGUGGCUUAUUUAGUUGUGUACUUAAUGUUGUCCCUGGCAAGACACCAUGUGUGGGACAGAAGAAAACAAUUGCUGGAUAAACCAGAGACCUGUAUACUAUUGAAAGUCUUUCUAAGAGUGUCUGUGUGCACACAUGUGUGCUUAUGGUUAUGUAUAAAGCUACCCUCUGGGGCAGGGGAGGGAUAUGGGGUUCUACUAAUGGCCAGGUAAGCAGCAAAUACAUGCAAAUUCCAAAUCAACCUUAACAGUUAGGAUUCGCAUCGUUUUGAGUUCUUCAAAAAAAGAUCCCCUGAAUUUCCUGUAUUUCCUUGUGUGCAUGGGUGACGGCCCACUCUUUAGUCCAAGAGCCAGCUGUAAAGCAGACGACACAGAGAAACAUAGGCUAGUAGUAUAAGCUCAGGGCAGAGGUGGUGGUACUGGCAGUAGCCAAAUUGUCCUUUAACCCUAACCCUAAGCUCAGGAUUCAACCUUAAGGAAAAGAAGAACUUGCCUGAACGGAAUCUUCUUUUUGAAGUCAAGCUAGUUUCAGACACCCACUUCCAAUGUGAAGCUAUCCCAAAUCAUGGAGCCUUUUUUCUUUUGCUUCUCUUUGCAUAAAAUGGGGGGGAAAUGCUCACCUACCUCACAAAGCAUUUGCUCAUAAAGAGAAAAUCUGUAACGAAGAAGCGUUCUUAGGCCUCUUGCGUUGGCUCCCUGCUGUGCAUCCGUCUUGCUGACAAGUCUGAUUCUUUGGACCUGGAAGGCGUGGGUCCCAUCUUGUUUUUGAGGAAAAGAUGUUCUUUGCAUUGCUGGUGAAGCUGCUGGAGCCAGUUCCUCUCAGGCUCUGACAAAUAGAGCUCUUUGGCAACUUUUGUAGUUUUGACUGGCCACAACCAUACUGACUCCACAUAGAUCCAAGCUAGGCCUGUCAUAGACACUUCAGAUAGGGUUCUGCUCAUUCUAACGGCUUUUAAACCAUGCUUGAUGUAAUUGAAGAGGACUUCUCCUAAUAGUGUACGUUAGAGUGCUGGUGGCAUGACAGUGUUGUGGUGGCAUGUUCCCGCUAACCUGUUCCUCUUUGUUCUGCGGUCAUCGCUGAUGGAGAUCUCUCUUCUUGGAUGCUGCUGAUGGUAAGAAGAAUUCAGAGACAAGAACUUGCGUUUAAAUCGGGGGUGACAAACCUGCAGCCCUCCAGAUCUUGACCAUUGGCCAUAGUGGUUUUUACUGACUGGGUUGUACUUCAGAAACAUCUGGAAGCCAACAGGUUUCCACCUCUGGAAUUGCUGGGGUGGUCUCUUGAUCUUGCCACCAUUCUUUCUAGAAAGGAACUACAACAGAUUUCAGAAAAAGUGCAUACCAUCCCUGGAUUCUCCCAUUGGGUUGCUUAAAUAUCUGGGAAACAUUUCCUGUUGGGAGGGAAGAGCUUGGACGCUAACUGUGGUGUUUGACCACUGUUAUAAAAUCCACUUGUAAAUGCUGGGAAAGAAGGUUUUUUUUUUCUCUCCUCCCAGCUAAUAUUCAAUUCAGGGAGCCAUUAAACCCCUCUGAUGCAAAGAA